AUGACGGCCGUUCUGGUUCCCCGCGAACAUUCGCAAUUUUCCCCGGAUCCGUUAAAAGCCCCCACCGCACAGCGAUAUUUCCUAGACCUUCCGGUCAAAUCCCCAAUGCAAAAUGAUUAUCCCGUUUCUCCACUCCUUUCCCCAAACUUCUCCCCCAUCGAUUCACCAACCACCACCCUGUCGCUCGACGAGGAUUUGAUUCUCCCUGCCUAUGGAGAUGGGGCCCGCAAGAACUCCAUUGCGAGCGACGCGUCUGAAACUCCUUGGGCCUGUGGUACUCCAGCUGCAGACGAUAGCUCUGUCGAAGAUGAACCUUCCCGCCAUGUAGAUUACCUCUCACAUGACUGGCGAGAAGAGGAUAUCUGGUCCUCCUGGCGAUAUGUUGCCGCCCGGAAGAAUGACUACAGCAAUGGCGCACGCUUGGAAAAUGCCUCAUGGAGGACUUGGGCGAAGGCCAAGAAUAAUCUGGGGACCAUUUCCCCAGAGACAUUGCACUGGUACGUGAGCAUCUCCUCCCUCCCCCCCCCCCCCUUCCCCGGAAAAGGAUUCCUUUUGGCUAAAAGUAUCCACAGGCUCAAAGACUGUGAUGUGACCUGGCUCUAUGGGCCUUUAAAAACCUCUGCCUCGACCGACGCCAUGGCGUCGGACGUGUCGCCGCCACCCAGCCGCCUUGAAACACCUAACUCCUAUCUGGAGCCGAAGCCUAUCUUGAAGAAGAAGACCGCCUCCGAGACCAUGCUCCAGCGAUCUUUAUCGCAGCACACCCUCCUACAACAUGCCGGGGCCAUCCUCAAGGCACAAGAGGCGGAACAAAGCUGGACCCGCCCGCCAUUACCUCGGUCCAACACCGACCUGCAUCACCUUCAUCAUCGCACGGGCAGUUCAACGUAUUCGCUCGGUGGCACCCUGACCUCUUCCUCUUCGGGGAUGACCUCUCCUAGUGAGCGCCGUCAUAUUCACUUUAAUAAUGAGGUGGUGCAAUGCAUCGCUGUUGAAGCCAAGAGCGACGAAAUUUGGCCCAUGACCUUUGACGAGUCCUCCUCCGAUGAUGGAGUGGUGAUGAUGCGUCAGGCAUCUAGCGACGCAUUCAUCAGCAACCGCAGUACUCCUCGAAACAGCUUUAGCGGUGAGAGUAAAACAAUCGCCCCUCUUCCAUCUACUACUCUCAAAUACCGCGGUGACACUCCCGAGCCUCGAGAACCCUCAAUACUGGACCGCUGGGCCGCUCUCUCUUCCUCCCCAACUUCCGCCUCGCCCUCCUCCUUAUCCCCCACCCCAUCUGUGGAGACCCUCCGACCACCUUCUGCCAACUUUCUUCUGGAUGACGACGAAGAUCCAAGUCUUGACUUUACUGGACAGUACCGAGAUCGUCAAGCUUGGUUCGUCCCCGAGGAGGAAGAUGAGUUGGCCGAUCGUCCACUGCAUUUAUCCCCCUCCGGCAUGUUCAUGCCUUAUGAGGCAGGGGGCGAACCAGAAGGGCCUGUCAACCAUACCAUUUUGGGACGUGUGGUGGAUACAGUUAACACUGCUCGAGACAUUGCCCAUGUCAUUUGGAACGUCGGCUGGCGACGAUGA